CCGGUCGAGGUGCGGCGGGAGCAGGUUGUGCUGCCGACCUAUGCGCCCUGCGCCGCCGACCCGCACCCCCAGUUCAUCGAGAAGCGCGUCUACCAGGGCAGCAGCGGCAAGGUGUACCCGCUUCCUUUCAUAGACCGCAUCGAGGAGCAGAAGCGGGACCAGGCCUGGGAGGCGGUGUGGCUGGAUAACGAGUUUGUGCGGCUCAUGAUCCUGCCGCAGCUGGGCGGCCGCAUACACAUCGGCCAGGACAAGACCAGCGGCUACGACUUCUUCUAUCGCCAGCGAGUGAUCAAGCCGGCGCUGGUGGGGCUGGCUGGGCCCUGGAUCAGCGGCGGCGUGGAGUUCAACUGGCCGCAGCACCACCGCCCCUCCACCUUCAUGCCCUGCGACGUUCACAUUGAGCGGGAGGAAGAGAGUGGCGCCGUAACUGUGUGGUGCAGCGAGCAUGAGCCGAUGAACCGAAUGAAGGGCAUGCACGGCGUGCGCCUGCGCCCCGGCUCCUCGCUGGUUGAGCUGCGGGUGCGGCUGUACAACCGCACGCCCCUCACACAGACCUUCCUGUGGUGGGCCAACGUGGGGGUGCAUGUCAACGAGCAUUAUCAGAGGCGAGGCGGCCUGCCAUGCCCUGCCAUGCAAGCACAUUGUCGCCAUUUCUUCCCACCCGAUGUGCGGUAUGUGGCAGACCACGCCAAGCGUGCCAUGAGCCGCUUCCCCAGCUGCGAUGGGUUCUACUAUGGAGUUGAUUACAGGCGCGACAUGGUGCCAGGCACGCGGCUGGACUGGUACAAAAACAUCCCGGUGCCCACAUCAUACAUGGUGUGCGGCACAGACAAGGACUUUUUCGGUGGCUACGACCACAGCGCACGUGGCGGCGUGGUGCAUGUGGCCAACCAUCACAUCUCCCCUGGCAAGAAGCAGUGGACCUGGGGCAACCACGAGUUUGGCUAUGCCUGGGACCGCAACUUGUCGGACGAGGAUGGGCCCUACAUCGAGCUGAUGGCGGGCGUGUUCACCGACAACCAACCCGACUUCUCCUUCCUGGCGCCCUACGAGACCAAGACCUUCAGCCAGCACUGGUUCCCCAUCCGAGACAUCGGCUGCGCCCGGCACGCCAACCUGCAUGGCGCCAUCAGCCUGCAGCUGGAGGAGGGUGGGAGUGCGGCGAGGGUCGGAGUGGCUGCGACGGCGGAGCACCCUCAGGCGCUCGUCACGCUGAGACGCGUGGGGCAAGAGCAGCCACUCUUGCAGGAAGAGGUGGGGCUGGGCCCGGGAGCGCCGCUGCUGCGCAGCGUUCAGCUGCCGCCUGGCUGCAGGGAGCACGAGCUGACUGUGGUCGUACAGGCAGCUGGCAGGCAGCUGCUGGAGUACAGCCCGGACCCGCCGCUGGCGGAGGAGGAGGCUGCAGUACCAGACCCUGCCACCGAGCCCGCGGCGCCACAAGACAUGGCCAGCAGCGACGAGCUCUACCUCACAGGCCUGCACCUGGAGCAGUACCGCCACCCCACACGCGACCCCUGCUCCUACUGGCGCGAGGCCCUGGCUCGCGACCCGGGAGAUGCGCGGUGCAGCACCUCCCUGGCCCUCUGGCACCUGCGGCGCGGCGAGUUCGGUGCCGCGGAGCGGCACUUCCGCGCCGCGGUGGCCCGCCUCACCGCCCGCAACCCCAACCCGGCAGACGGCCAGCCGCACUACGGCCUGGGGCUGGCGCUGCGGGGACUGGGCAGGGAGGAGGAGGCUUACACUGCGUUCUAUAAGGCGUCCUGGAGCUAUGCUUGGCGGGCGCCGGCCCACUAUGCCCUGGCCCAGGUGGCA